AUGGCUGCUGGGAGAUUGCCUGCGUGUGUUAUUGACAAUGGCACUGGAUACACAAAAUUAGGCUAUGCGGGUAAUAGUGAACCGCAGUUUAUCAUUCCUUCCGCGAUAGCGGUCAAGGAAAAGGUCGGUGCACAGUCGUCGGCCUUGCGCUGGAAUACCGUCGGUUCAAGUCGAAUCGAUGAUCUGGAUUUUUUUAUUGGUGACGAAGCUCUAUCUCCUGCAGCUGCGAAUUAUUCGGUUAAGUAUCCUAUUAGGCAUGGUAUUGUUGAAGACUGGGAUCUUAUGGAACGAUUCUGGGAGCAGUGUAUAUUCAGAUACUUGAGAGCCGAACCUGAAGAUCAUUUCUUCUUACUUACAGAGCCGCCAUUGAAUACUCCCGAAAAUCGUGAAUUUACGGCUGAAAUAAUGUUCGAGUCGUUCAACGUACCGGGUCUAUACAUAGCUGUUCAGGCAGUCUUAGCAUUAGCUGCAUCAUGGCAAAGUCGUGAUAUUUCACAACGCUCUCUCACUGGUCUUGUUGUUGAUAGCGGUGAUGGUGUGACUCAUUGCAUUCCGGUUGCUGAAGGUUACGUUAUUGGUUCGUGCAUAAAGCACAUUCCGAUCGCUGGUCGCGAUAUCACCUAUUUCAUUCAGCAAUUACUCAGAGAACGUGAACCUACCGUUCCGUCCGAUCAAAGUUAUGAGGUCGCUAAAGCUAUUAAGGAAAAGUUUUGCUAUGUGUGUCCAGAUAUUUUACGAGAAUUCACGAAAUACGAUGCGGAUAGUGCGAAAUGGUUAAAGACAUACAAUGGCAUCAACAACGUCACCAAAAAACCAUUCGUUGUUGAUGUUGGUUAUGAGCGUUUUUUGGGUCCCGAAAUAUUCUUUCAUCCUGAAUUUGCAAAUCCGGAUUUCACAACGCCUAUCUCUGAAACAGUCGAUUCGGUCAUACAACAAUGUCCAAUUGACGUUCGACGUGGUCUCUAUGAAAACAUCGUACUUUCGGGUGGAUCAACAAUGUUCAAAGAUUUUGCUAGAAGAAUGCAACGUGAUAUCAAACGUAUUUCUGAUGCCAGACUUUCAAUCAGUGAGCAACUAUCUGGAGGACGACUUAAACCAAAACCAAUCGACGUACAAGUUGUAUCACACAAAAUGCAACGAUACGCCGUCUGGUUCGGUGGCAGUAUGCUCGGAUCAACGGCAGAAUUCUAUCAAGUAGCACAUACAAAGGAAGAAUACAUGGAGAAGGGAGCCAGUAUUUGUCGACACAAUCCAGUCUUUGGAGCGUUAACGUGA